AUGCCUUCUCGACCCCUUCGCUCCGCCAUUCGCUCACCCCUCGAGGAUGUGACGGGCAGAGCAAACAACCAGCCAACUCCACCACCCACGAUCGGAGCCAAAAGAAAGGCCAACGAUGCUCCCGCAAGCGAUAUCAAUCUCGAUGACAUUGACGUCGGAGUAACGUAUGUGGACGCCAGCUGCGAUCAAGUUCGCCGGAAGAUUCGCCGCUUCCUGGACUCUGGCGAAUUGAACAAGGGCCAAUUCGCUACAGCAAUCGGAGUCAGCGGCAAGAGUCUCAAUGAUUUCCUGAGCCAGGUCGGAUCCAUGAAUGGCUCGGGUAGUGCGACUUACGCAGGCGCUUGGGAGUUUUUCAAAAAGAGGGAGAUUGCUGGCUUAAAAAUGCCCCCUGUGAAGAGGGCGAAGCAGUCUUCUGCAUCUCCUGCGCUGGACAUAUCUGGCAUCCUUCUGACCGGCGAGGCAUUCGAUAACGUCCCAAUCUACGAAUCUUGCGACGAAGUCCGCAAGAAGAUCAAUGCCCAUUUGGCCAAGCCCGGUGUUACGCAAGCGCAAUUCUGCCGUGAUCUUGCAGCGCAAUAUCAUUCCGAGACGAAGAAGAUCCAGAGCAAGCAGUUGGUGGGUUUCCGGAGCAAGAAGGGUCCAUGGGCUGGUAAUACGUCCAUCGUGUGUGUGAGUUUCGACUGGAUCAGAGGACGCACGUCAAAGAUGGCUGAUUUCGCGGUCUAGUAUACCGCCUACGUCUAUUUUGAGAAACUUAGGCUGGCAGAAGGCAGGCCAAAAAGCGAGCAUCGACAAGGAAUGGAGGCUGUUCAUCCAGCUGGCCUUGAUACCCAGCGCACGCAUGAGAGGUAAGUGCUCUUCUCUUGUGUUCGUACACGCGAGAAAUCAUCGUGGUGACCGAAUGUCCAAAGCUGGAUCUCACUGACAUACCACGUAGAGUCUGGUGCAAGAGCAACAAGCGCCCCGUGGUUGACCAGUUCGGUCGCUUUUCUCACCGCUAA